UUUAUAAAUUGACCUUCCGGGUCGUAAUUUUUUCAAAAUCGACGCAAUGUCAGCUCUGAGACUCGUCAUACUAUUUUUUUCUGUCGCGGCAUACGCCUCGGCUCUGCCGACCAACGCCACUCUCGACGACAGCUGCACCAUCAACACCUUCAACGAUGUUUCGAGCGUCACCUCUAGCUGCACCUCCAUCACCCUCAAGGGGAUCACCAUCCCUGCUGGCGAAACCCUGGACCUGAGCCUCAAGUCGGGAACGACCGUCAAGAUCACCGGUACCAUCAAAUUCGACUACAAGACUUGGGACGGUCCCCUGAUGAGGAUCAAGGGAAGCAAAGUCACCGUGAAGGCCGACUCUGGUGUUCAGCUCAACGGCCAGGGUGAAAAAUACUGGGACGGACAGGGCGACAAAGGCAAAACCAAGCCGAAGUUCUUGAAGAUUCAAACGACCGGUGGUUCGGUAAUUCAAGACCUCUACCUGCUCAACUGUCCGCGUCAGUGCGUAUCUAUUAACGACGUGGAUAGUACCACCAUCAAAGGGUUCACCAUCGACGUAUCAGCGGGCGACACCGACGAUCUCGGACACAAUACAGACGGCUUCGACAUCUCGAAAGCGACCAACCUGGUGAUCCAAGACUCCACCAUUAAGAACCAAGACGAUUGUGUCGCGAUCAAUUACGGUUCGAACAUUAAGAUCAGCGGACUCAAGUGCUCGGGAGGUCACGGCCUCAGUCUCUCGGUGGGCCAGAGCAAGGACGACUCUUCCACUAAUCAGGUGAAGAACGUCACUUUCUCAGACUGCGAGGUCAAAAAGUCCAGGAACGGGAUCCACAUCAAGACUCACACCGACGCCGCGGCGGGCUACAUCAAGGACGUCACCUACAAGAACAUCAAACUGUCGGAUAUCACACACUACGGUAUCAAUGUCCAAGAGGACUACAAAGACGGCAGCUCGACCGGUAGCGCAAAGGGUAACAUCCCCAUCACCAAGUUGAACAUGAACUCGAUUACGGGUUCCAUGACAGGAUCCAGCGGCAUGGAUGUCUAUAUCCUUUGCGGAUCAGGAGGAUGCAGCGACUGGACUUGGUCGGGAGUCUCUAUCAGCGGUAACAAGAAGAGCGAUUCGUGCAACUUCAGUCCCUCGGGAUACACUUGUAAAUGAUUGACUAAGGCAAUAAAUGGCGGCUUGUCGAACCGGGCUUCUUAUUUUAAAAAAAUAAC